GUGGCUAGCAUUGUCUCCCUUGACUUGGUGAUGGUUGAUCGUGUGGAACUUGGAGGAACAUUGGAGGCUGAGGUCAUAGCAAGGGAUGCAAGUGGGUACCCCCUGCCAGCACAUACUCUCAUGGAUUUGACCCUAAAUCCUCAGGCUAAUAUUAUUACAACCAAAUAUUUAGGCACCAACAAUAAUGACAAUGCCAUUUAUGAAGUAGUUGGUCGGCAUGUAGGUGAUACAACUCUUAGGGCGAGUGCAGGGAAUGGUCCUAUGGGAGAUAGUGUUAUUCAUAGUCAGUCCAAGCCUGUGCAAGUGUUCCCUCCCCUCACAUUACAGCCCAAGAAUAUCACACUCAUUAUUGGUGCUAAUUAUCAAGUUGAAACAAAAGGUGGACCAUAUCCUGACGCCACAGUUGUGUACUCCAUGUUGAAUGAGACUAUUGCCAACACAUCGCAUACAGGGGUUAUCACAGCUCUGUCCCUCGGCACUACAAUUCUUACUGCUCAAGCUAUUAGCAUCAACAAGGAAAAUGGAGCGACUGUUGUUUAUUCACAGGACACAGUGAUAGUUAAUGUUGUGCCUCUGACGAGCAUACAUAUUCAUGCUCCGCUGACGCAUCUAGAGACGGGGACGACUAUGCCUCUCUAUGCCAUUGGAAAUGAGGAGGACCAGAACCCUUUAGCAUAUGCAACAGCCCUGCCACCUUUGUUGUUUGAGUGGACAGUCAGUAACAAGCAAGUAGCCACCUUUAAUGGAAUAUUUAAGAAGAAUGGAAUAAUAGAAUCCAAGGAGAAUAAUGGUAUUGUUCAGCUAAGUGCGGAGCAAACUGGGCGUGUGACAGUUACACUGAAAGUUAAACCAGUUAUUCCAUCUAGCUUCCCUAACUUCCAGCUGACAGAUAAUGCUCUCCUUACUGAUAAAUUAGAGGUUAAGGUAUUUGAGUCACUCAAACUCCAGCAUCCUGAUGAUGGAUCAUCUAAUUUGUUACUUUCACCUGAAGCAGAGACCAAAAUCAAGACCAAUAGGUAAGUAUUUAUCAAGUG